GCGCCACUGCCUCGCCACAGUGUAUCGGUGAGUUUUUAAAAACUUUCAAAGCAUUUUCUCAAAAUAUCUAUCAAAUUAAGAUUCGUCACCAAGAGUCAUCCCAUUUGCUGAAACAGAGAAAGCUGAGACCAAAUUAACACUUCAAAUCAGUCCAGAGUGGAUGAAAACGACCCAACAGCAUGCAAUGUUUAACUGAGUGUGGAGAUGAAAACAGCGUGACUGUGCAGAAAAGCGCUGACAGAGGCGUUCAGGCUGUGCUUUAAGUUAACACAGACAUAUAUUAAACCAUCUGAGACGAGGAUCGAGAGAAGAAGACAUGAAGAAAACAACCACAGACACGCCAGCCAAGGUGCUGAAGGUGCUAGAUGUGAGUUCUGGAGACUCUCACAGCGCUGGAAUCCAGCCAAUAACCUUUGUCAGACAGGUCAUCACUGGAUGUUUGUAUCCCAGGAUUCUCCAGGGUGACACACUUCCUCCUGACGCUCGUCUGAGAGCUCAAACACUCCUACAGCACCUGGAUGGAGGAAGCACAGGAUCGUAUACUGAGUCCUGUGGAUCAAUGUAUGUGAGAAACACCAUCGCCAGGUCCAUUUCUCUGCGGGACGGAGGAGUGUUGUCCCAUCCUGAUAGAGUCUUCAUCACUGCGGACACACAGAGGGCGUUAAUGGUGAUGCUGCGUCUGCUGUGUCAGUCAGAGGGCGUGUCUGCAGUCAUGAUUCCAGACCCCGCCCCUCACACUCUGACACGCCUCCUGGACCAUGUGGGCAUAGCGUCAGUGUCCUUUCGUCUGCAGGAGACGAGUGGGUGGAGCAUAGACAGGGCGGAGCUAAACAGAGCUAUACAGGCCUCCAGGGGGCGGUGCUCUCCUCGCGCUAUUUACAUCAGUAACCCUGGCAACCCUACAGGAGCAGUUCAGAGUCGCGAGAGCAUCGAGGACGUGAUUCGAUUCGCUCAUGAUGAACGACUCUUCCUAUUGGUCAAUGAGGAGUAUCAGAACACAGUGUUUGCAGACGGAUGUGAGUUUGUGUCCUAUAAGCGAGUUCUGGCAGAGAUGGAUGAGGAGUUUUCACAGAGUGUUCAGCUGGCCUCGCUGCAUUCACUGUCCAACGGCAUCAUGGGAGAGUGAGUUUCAUUUAUUCAUUCAUUCAU